GAGAUAUGUCGGGAGCAACGAGGCCUCAAUUUGUGCUGUUUGGCUCUUCUAUUGUUCAGUUCGGUUAUUAUGAAGGUUGGGGAGCUACUCUUUCUCACUUGUAUUCUCGUAAGGCAGAUAUAGUUUUGCGAGGAUAUGCUGGUUGGAAUUCAAGGCGUGCUUUAGAGAUUUUGGAUAAAAUUUUUCCCAAGAAUGCCGCAGAGCAACCAUCAUUAGUUAUUGUCUACUUUGGUGGUAAUGAUUCUACUUAUCCAAAUCCAAAUGGCAUCGGUCCUCAUGUACCUCUGGAGGAAUACAUUGAAAAUAUGAAGAAAAUUGCUAUCCAUAUUGAGGGCCUUUCAACUAAGACUCGCACUAUAUUUCUCAGUACUCCUCCUAUCAACGAGGCACAAAUCCAUGAAAAUUGUGAUCCAGAAGGACACCAAUUACGGACAAAUGAAGCUUGUCGAAUAUACUCUGAAGCAUGUUUGGAGUUAUGUCGCGAGAUGAACAUCAAGGCCAUUGAUUUAUGGUCUGCAAUUCAAAAAAGGGAUGAUUGGCAAGAUGUUUGUUUCAUUGAUGGAAUUCAUCUAUCAGCGGAGGGAAGCAAAAUAGUGUCAAAAGAGAUAUUGAAGGUCCUUAAAGAAUCAGAAUGGAAACCAAGUCUUCAUUGGAAGGAAAUGCCAAGUGAUUUUGCCGAAGAUUCACCCUAUGAUCCAGUUGCCUCUGAUGGAAAGACAACUAUUAAUCUCUCUGAUUUUGCAUUCCCCAGUGAUGAGGAAUGGGAUUAGAAUU